AGAGCUCUUGAAUGGCGGCUGAGUGCUGACUCCUUCAGUCCUUUGCCGUAAAUAUGCUGCACGAGAAUGGAGUGAUGCAUCGUGACAUGAAACCUCAAAAUUUAAUGUAUGAUAGUACCGAUGAAACUUGUUGUACAUUAAAGGCAAUUGAUUUUGGACAAUCGGAUUUCAUUAAACCCGAGGAUAUGGAUUCAACACAUGAAGCAGUUGCACGUGCUGAAGUUUGUUUUGAGGGUCACCCUUGGCCAAAUAUUUCUGAUAGUGCUAAGGACCUUAUAAAGAAAAUGCUUGAACCUGAUCGACGUCAAGUUCUGAUAGUGCUAAGCAGUUGCACGUCGUCAACGACUUACUGCCGAUCAAGUUCUUGAGCAUCCAUGGCUACAAAUGUAUGGAAAGCAUUACCCAAUAAUGCAUACAACUUGAAGAUGAUUCGGCCGGUUUACGUAAUGCCGCUAGUAAAGGCAUUGUUACGCUAAGUUAACAGAGACACACGCGUGUGAGACUUCAAAAUAGGUUACCGUGUGUGUACACAGAACUAUAUAUGAUGUUUUCGGACAAAGUAUAUGUUAGUCUUUACAUACUUAUAUCACAGCGUUAUAUAAAACUCUCUUCAAAUGAGAAUAUGAAUUUAGAAGGGAAAUGAGAAUGGAUCUAAUAUGUUGGAUUGUAUUAUUGAAAUAUGCAGCACAAAGGAAUGACACCGUAAAAUUACGUGAAAUUGAAUUGUACACUUGGUGAAACUGAUAUAUUCAUAUAUGAAUAUUCAUACUUUUCUUGAUGAAA